AUGCCUAAAACCAACAAAGUGAUAGAGAUUGAGAUUGAAAAAGCAAUAGACUCUCUUUCUAAUCAAUCUAAACCUAAUAUUGCAAAAACUGCGCGAGAAUUCGCGGUUUCCGAGAGCCGGCUACGACGAUGA